UGUCCAUCAUGUUACAAUGGAGGAGUCUGUCAUGAUCAAACAGGGAUAUGCAUCUGUCCUCCAGGAUUCCAGGGAGAUGGCUGUGAAAUGGCAUGCGGUGGAAAUCGCUAUGGUCGUAACUGCGAGUACAGAUGCGAAUAUGAGAUGUCAGAUGAUAGCACAGUAUGUAGUGGACUUCAGGUUUGUGUGCCCGAUCCCUAUGGAUGUUCAUGUACACCAGGAUACAAAGGAUUGGACUGUACUACAGAAUGUGAUCAAGGUGAGUUUGGAGCUAGUUGCACGGAGACAUGUCACUGUGUAUCAGGAGAGUGUGAUCGAUUUACUGGAGUCUGUAAAGGAAGCUCUACUGAAUGUGAACCAAUAUGGACAGGAAACAAUUGUCAAGAAUGCAUGAUUGGACGAUAUGGUCCUAACUGCGAGCG